AUGUCCCCCAAAAUAGGAGUCUCCAUUCUACUGAUUGUGGUCGCAUACUUGACCACUGAGGUCGCUGCGAAGAUCGAGUUCACCAACCUGGUGUGCACUUCCUUGGACAAAGCGUUCUCCGACUUUGAGUACUGCUAUCUGAGGUCGGUGAAUCGGACGUACAAGUAUUUUUCCAUAAAGAGUGUCUUUUACCAAUCCCCGAUUACGAGAGCUAAAGUCGCUGCGAAGGUGGAGUUCACAAACUUUGUGUGCACCUCCUUCGAUCAAGCAUUUGCCGACUUCGAGUACUGCUAUCUGAAGUCGGUGAAUCGGACGUACAAGUAUUUUUCAGUGAAGUGUAACCUGUACCAAACGCCAGUUAGGAAAGCAAAUCGAUUCAGUGGCUAUAGGCCCUUCAUGUACAACAUCACGGCGGAUGCCUGCAGAUUCCUCAAGAAUCCGCAAUCCAACCCAGUCCUUAAUUUCUUUUAUGCAACGAUUGUGCCCUACACAAAUAUAAACCAUUCGUGUCCCUACGAGCAUGAUAUAUUCAUGGAAAAAGUGCCCACCCAGUCGAUAAAUGGCCAAUUUGGCAAAUUGCUGCCAUUUCCAGAUGGGGAUUAUCUGAUAGAAUUGAACUGGAUUGCCAACGACAUCAAGCGGGCUGUGACCAAAUUAUAUUUCACUCUCUCUUGA